GUGAGACGUGAUAUGCAGACGUUAGGAACCCUCUUUCACACCGACGAGUGGCUCCUGGACUACGAAACAGGUGAGAUCUUGGGCGUGGAGAAGAUGCUUGUGAUGGUCAAGUACACCGCGCAACAGAGCUUCCUGGCACCGUUCACUGAUGCAGAGCCGUACGAUACACGGGUAACCGAGCGCUGGAAGGAGUACCUCUUGGUGGUGCGGUCCUCUGGCGACAUGGACCAGCCGUUGCUCGUGCAGUUCUAUAAGAACCGCGGGAUCCUCCAAAAAGACGCCUCCAUCCGGGAGAACACCCUUGAUUUCACAUUCACGCAUCGAUGUACCGCCAGCUUGUACAGCAACUUGGACAAGAGCAUCGCUCUUACCGUCCCCGUCAGCAACGGGCUGUACAUAUACAUUCUCAAGACCCACACCCAGAGUGCGUCUGUCCGCUGGCUCAGUCUCUUUCGCAGCACAUUAGGUGAGGUAAAUGACGGGCGAUUUUACAUCACCGUUCCCGAUUUGCACACAUCCUUGGAAAUUCAUAUCCCACGCGACCGCUAUGACGAGUUGGUAGACGAAAGCAGACAGAUGGGAAAGGGCUUGGAUCUUUGCUUGCACAAUCGCACGGUCACUUUCGCCACGACACCCAUUCUCGCGUAUCUCAUCGACAAAUGUCUCGAACAACUCCAGCGGGGCCAAAGCCCGGAGCAAGCAGAGCUUCUCACGGCCUGGAAGCGGGACAAGACACAAUUGAAUCUUGUGUUGCGGGAUCAUGAUAGGAUCGAGUGGAUUGAUAACCAUACGCAGGCAUUUGUAUAUUCGCGAUGGCUCUCGCACGCGGGGUUUUCCUUGGAGCUCCGACCUCUCACCCACUAUCCGAGAGAAACUAAGGUGGACGUCCUCCACGAGCCAGAAAAGAUCGAGGGUUUCCUCUGUCUCUUGACGACGCGGAAAGGCCAUACCCGUCGCCGUCUUAUGGGCACGCCCGCGGUCAAGCUCGUGUACUUUUUUUCGUGCGAGAACUUGCUCUUCAAGGUGAAGUUCUUCCGUGCGGUUCCGCCGUUACCGCAGGUCGGCCUCAUCAACGCUGACGGCUCCAUCCCCAACAAGGAGGCCCUUCUAGCGUUGUUAAACACCAUGGAUGAUGUAUACACUCACUCGGUGUACCGGCUCGAUACUACCGGCCAGCUCGACUUUCUCCGCCCGGAAACUUCCGUCUCUGCUUUCCAGGAACACGAUACCAACGCGUUCUACGAGGCAGAGCGGAAGAUCAAGCAGGUGGUCAAGGCCGGGGAGGUGCUUGACAUGUGUGAUAUUGACCAUAUCAUCCCAGUGAUGAGCGAGGAGGUGGACCGGCUAGUGCGGCUAGAGUGCAAGUAUGUGUGGCAGGGGGUGGCCAGCACUGAGGUAAAGGAAGCCGACGUGAUCGGUGGUGUCUUUGAAAUUGUGAUGCGAAACGGAUGCCGAAUCCGCUUGCAAACCAGCACUUCCCUGCUACGAGACGAGUGGGUCUUGCGACUCACCGCGAUGAAAGACUACUGGACGGCGCGGAAGGGAGCGGAUUUACGCCUCAUGAGUGAGGUGAGACAACGCAACUUGGACCAGUUGGGCGUGGAUGAGUAUGAUGAGUCCUGUGUGGGCGCGUUUCCCUGGGAAAAGUCGAACUACGUCUCCAGUCCUGAGCUCUACAACGUAUCGGCUGCGGCCAUGACCAGUGCCGUUAGCAUGAGUGGGGUGCUCUUCCAAAAGCCCAAGAAGCACGCGAGCUUCAAAAAGUAUUUUGUGGUGUUGGCUCCUGGGCUCUUGAUCUUGUAUAACUACUACGACAGAUCUGCUUCCGGGAAUGUAGUCCUCACCAGCGGCCACCCGCACUUCUUGACCAUUGCCUUGUCCGAGUGCUAUGUCUACUCUGGUAACACCACCUCCUUGGACUUGCUCAAGCGCGACACAGCUUUUGAUUCGUCUAAUCCGGGAUUCCAGGGCCUUCCGCGCAUUUACAGUGACGGCUGGAAGUCGUCGGAGCAGGAGCCUGCACGGUGCUUUACGUUGUGGUUUGGCAAAAAACGCGCAAUGUCGGGGAAAAACCACAAGGUGGCGUUGAACGAGGCCAAGGGUAAGAAGAGCGCACCCAAAAACCCAGGGAUUGUGAAAAUUGUCAGUCGUUUGGGAGUCACCGGCAACAGCAUGGUGUUCAUGGCGCGGUCAGCCCAGGAAAAGGACCUUUGGGUGACAAAGUUGUUGUACGAGAUUGAGCGG